AUGAUCUUCGCCUACCAGGCUGGUGCUGGCUUCAACCCGAGUCGUGACUUUGGUUCUCGUCUCACGCUUCUGGCGAUGGGUUAUAGCAAUGAUCUCUUCCUAAAUCCGUACUGGUUCUAUGGGCCCUGGGUGGGCGCAACUAGUGGUGUCUUUAUGGGAGCCUUCUUGUACGACUUUAUGAUCUUUACUGGCGGUGAAUCUCGUGUCAAUUACCCUCUGGAGCGAACCCAGCGGGCGAUGAAGAAGAGUUGUAUGAAGUGGAAGCGUCGUCUACAUCUCGAUAAAAGAGAGCCGACAACCGCCCCCGUUGCUUGA